CAUAUUCCAUGCCGGGCUAUACCAUUGGAACUUGCAGGGGCGGGAGUGAUUGGCAUCGGUAGCUGGUGGCGACCUGUACUUUACGGCGUGUGUUUGGGAAAAUCGGCUACUUGCUGAAAAGCGCUAGAUCCUAUUCCCUUGUCUUGGUUCCCGUUUGCAGAAAAUGAUGGAAGAGAGUGGUAUUGAAACGACACCCCCAAGCACCCCUCCUCCCAGCACCAUAGGAACAUCAGUACCUGCAGCUACAACAGCCAUCUCCACCCCCGUUCCACCAAUUUUUUCCAGCCCUCUAGCUGCACCAGUAUUCUCCCCAUUGCCAUCUUUUGCACAGCCAAUUUUUUCUACCCCAUUGCCUUCCUCGGUUCCUCCACUGAGAACAUCGGUCCCUCUCACAUAUGCACCCCCCCUUCCUGUCACUGGGGUGCACUCUCCUCCUGCCCACACCUCUGUACCUGCUUUUAGCAGCCCAUUGCCAGCAUUUUCUUCCCCACCAUCUUUCCCCCCUCCUCCUCUGAAUACCACUCCUGGUCCAGUUCUCACAGCACCACCCACGGGUCCACCUGUAGGAGGAUUCUCUAUGUCUUCACACUACGAUAUCACUAAGGGUCAUGCUGGGCGAGCACCUCAGACCCCUCUGAUGCCAACAUACUCUGCAGCCCCUGUCACAGUUCUGCCGAAUCCUGUUAUACAAGCUCCUCUAGCAGGGAGUGGAUCUUCCAUUACAUUCCCAGAGGAGCCUGAAGACUCCAGGGUACAUACAAUGCACGUUGAUGGCUCUGCUGGUGGCAUCUGGGGAUUCUUUAAAGGAGUAGCUGGAAAUCCAAUGGUGAAAUCAGUGCUUGAUAAAACCAAGCACUCCAUGGAGACGGUGAUCACCACUCUGGACCCUGGCAUGGCAUCAUAUAUUCGAACUGGUGGAGAAAUGGACAUUGUGGUCACAUCGGUUAAAGAAGUGAAGGUUGCUGCAGUGCGGGAGGCUUUUCAGGAGGUGUUUGGCAUGGCAGUGGUAACAGGGGAAGAUGGUCAGUCUAACAUUGCUCCUCAGCCUGUUGGAUAUGCUGCAGGAUUAAAGGGUGCUCAAGAAAGGAUUGACAGUUUGCGUCGCAGUGGGAUGAUUCAUGAGAAACAGCCUGCUGUAUCAGUGGAAAACUUCAUUGCAGAGCUUCUACCUGACAAAUGGUUUGACAUUGGCUGUGUAAUCAUUGAUGAUCCUACCCACGGUAUUCGUUUGGAAACCUUCACACAAGCAACACCUGUGCCUUUGGAAUAUGUACAGCAAGCCCAAAAUCUCACGCCACAGGACUACAACCUCAGGUGGUCUGGGCUGUCCGUGACCGUUGGUGAAGUCUUGGAAAGAAGUUUAGCGCACGUCUGUAGGACUGACUGGCAUGUGGCAUUUACAGGCAUGUCUCGCCGACAGAUGAUUUACAGUGCCGCCAAAGCUCUAGCUGGAAUGUACAAGCAAAGGCUUCCACCCAGAAUCCUUUGAAAGUGUUCGGACAUUGUUUCAUAGUUUUGAAAAGGAGACCAAAAACUUGCAAGCAGUUGAAUUGCCUCUAUGGGAAAGAAAUAGUCUAAGGGAGGAAAUUAAAUGCUGGCAAGAAAAAAACCCACUUUUACUGUACAAUCAAGUGGUUCAAAUGAAAAAACAUACGUAUCUGCAUAUAAAGCUACCAUAGAAGGUUUGUUGUACAGUUUUAGCCAUAACAGAUAUUGCUUACCGAAAUUCCCUUGGUAGAUGCUUUAAAGCAUGUCUUAUAGGUUUCGUUUAAUUCAGAAGUAUCCAUUUAAAAGUAUGGGUUACAUUUCCCAUAAUUAUACAUUGUUAUUGCAGUGUCUGUAUAUUCUGUCCCACUUAUAUUAUGUUGUUUCUAAGAGCAUUACAUUUCGUUUAUCAUGUGACUUCGAAGCAUAGUGCAAUGUAAACCCUUAGGGAUUGCGUUUGUGCAACAUAUGCACAUGAUCUAUGGGCUGGUGAUCUAGAAUCCUAUUUGCACUACUGGAACUAGUACUCGAUGGUAAAAAGCGGAUAGAUUGAAAAUAUACUUGUAGAAUUCUUUUUGUUGAGGCACAUUUUUAAAAAACUUUCAGUGCUCACGUUAAUCCUACAAUUAAAAUGGAUGUCAGACCACUUAAUUCAAAUAAUAUAAAUUCUUUCCAUCCCUUCAUGAUAUCUGACUUUGAACACAGAUAGCAGUGAAUAGGGUUGGGGUAUUUUAUAUAAGAUUUAUAAUCCCAAUUUUUUUUUUCUCAAAUAAUGUCUAUUUAAAAUAGCUAUUAUUUGUAAUGGAGUAAAUUAUUAAAAUGAUUUUCUAUUCGUGUAUUACUUUUUACUAGCAGACUACGCUUUUGGUAUAAAAUUGGCCAUGUUUUUAACAUUCAUAACCUAAUGUUACUACAAGCUAUAUUACUGUAUGGAAGCCUUAGUAAUGAACUGUAAAGACGAGAGUGACGUGCAGUGACAUGAUUGGCUUGUGGAAGGUAAAUGUCAUGUUCUUUGCCUUAAAAAUGCAUUGCUGUCUCUAACUCCUCUAUGCUUACAGAUGUUCCAGACUUAUUUUAGUACACGUUUUAUACCCAAGUGAAGGCAUUUUGCUAAUGCAUUGACUGCUAUGGACCAGUGACCUGGGUCAGAUUUAAAUAAACCUUUUUUUUAUGAGGAUA